UUCUAGAGUUACACUAAGUUUAUUUGUUUCAUAUUAAGUGAACUGUUUUACCCUUUCUGCGCAAAUGGUAAGUAAAAUCUUUGAUUAUCAUUAAAAAUUGUUGUAAUUUAGAGAAAUAUUUUUGUUCUACAUUUAUUUCUCUCUGCUAAGUAACCAUGAGCACCAUUCCAGAUAAAUUACAAAUAAAUUCUUCAAUCUAUUGUUUUUUUUAUAUUAUAUAUUAUUUUUUAUUACUAUGUCAUAGUAAAAUUUCAAUAGUAUAUAUCAUGGUACUAUAUCAAGCCAGUAUACUAGUUUGCAUACUUCAAAUUCUGACUUCUUAUCGAAACCCCAUGCUAAUAAAAAUUAUUUUUUAGAACAUUUUACAUUUAUCAAAUAUCAAGACUUUUCUUUAUCUAUUUUUGUUAAGUUGAUAAAAUAUAUAUAUUUUUGAAUUUGUGUUACUUUUAUUUAACUAUGUAGAUAUGUCUAAUGGCACUUGUUCUAUAUCAAACAUUUUAUUUAAUAAUUGUUUUUCUAAAAUAAUGAAUAUAAUAAAACAAAUUUAAUAAUAGAGACAGUAGAAAUAAACAUUUGUUAAAAUCUUACUAUGUGUGAUGUAAUAAUUUAUAUUCAGUUAUAGUUUCCAGAGUGUCAAUUAAUCAUAAUAAUGGCAAGAACAAACGCUAAAAAGAAAAAUCCUUCUGUUAAAAAAGUUAAAAAACAUAGUAAUAUAAAAAAACCUCAGCGUAACACACGGUCAACGGUAUUGAAAAAAUGUAAUUUAUUAGAAAACACCAAUAAUGAAGAAGAAAAUACAAAAUCUAUUGAACCCCCUUUGCCAAAUUUUAUUGAUCAAGGUGAAUCCACUAAUAGUGACAACUCAAAUAAAAAUAGUCCUUUAGAUAAAACACAAAAAUUUAAUGAUAUCUUAAUCAAAUCAAAUCCGGAUUAUAAAAAUUCUAGUUCUUCCAUCGUUGAUAUUAUAGAAAUUAAAGAUGAUUCAUAUUGCUCUAUUAUUGAUCAUAGAAUAGAAAAGAAUGAAGAAAAAAAUACUAAUAGUAUAGAAGUUAUUGAAAUUCUCGAUACCACUGUAACUCCAAAUAAAAAACCUAUUGAGUGUAUAGUUUUGAGUGAUAGUGAAGAUGAAAACAGUUCAACUGAACCUCUUAAUACAAAUUCACAUAAUGAGCAUUUACGAGAAAUUCCAUUAUUUAAUAAAAGACCUAUUCAUGAGCGACUCGGAUGUUUAAUCAACAAAACAAAUACUCGACCAAAACCAUAUCAAAGUCCUUUACGUCAUAUUAAGAAUAAAGUAAAAAACGCUAUUCUUCCUAAUGCUUUAUUAACUGUGAAUAGUAGUUUAUGUAUUAAUGAUAGAAAUGGAUAUAGUGACAUGCGUCUUCAACAACCUAUUACUUCAUCACCCUGUGAAAACAGAAAGUUAAGACCUGUAAUUAUUGAUGGACUAAACAUUGGAUUUGCACAUGGGUCAGGAACAUUUUCAGUUAAGGGUAUUGAUUUAUGUGUUAAAUAUUUUGUUGAACGAGGUCAUAGAGAGAUAACAGUUUUUAUACCACAACAUCGACAAGGACCUCCUGGAUCAGAAGUACACAACACUUUAAAUUCUCUACAUAAACAAGGUUAUAUUUGCUUUACGCCAAGUAGAAAAGUCCAAAAUAUACGCAUGACUUGUUAUGAUGACCGAAUCAUGCUUAACUAUGCCCAUGGAUGUGGUGGAGUUGUAGUUUCAAAUGAUAAUUAUAGAGAUUUAUAUAAUGAAAGUCCAGAUUUCAGAAAUAUUAUAGAAAAUAGGCAUGUCAUGGUUACAUUUGUAAGAGACACUAUAAUUGUACCAGAAGAUCAAUAUAACCGAAAGUCAAUGGUCCAGUCACUGUCUGAUAUCUUAUGUUUUCCACCUGAUUCUUGAAUCAUAUAAAAUAUAACUUUAAGUUUUUCAAUUUAAACUGGUUUAAAAUUUAUGUUAAUAUUCUAUUUUUUUUUUU